AUGUUGUCCAUUUUGCCGGUUGCUGCCCACCCGCAGGAUGUUGGGGUCUGGUGCUCCUCUGAGCUGCAGCAGGACUGGUGGAAACAAAGAAAAGCUGUGUUCACCGACUUGGAGAUCUUAGCUGCCAUUUUUGCCAGUGCGAUCCACGAUGUUGACCAUCCAGGAGUCUCCAACCAGUUUCUCAUCAGCACGAACUCUGAGCUGGCUCUCAUGUAUAACGACUCCUCCGUGUUGGAGAACCACCACUUGGCCGUGGGCUUCAAACUGCUGCAGGAGGAGAACUGUGACAUCUUCCAAAACCUGACCAAAAAACAGAGACAAUCACUGCGAAAGAUGGUCAUCGACAUCGUGUUGGCCACAGACAUGUCCAAGCACAUGAACCUUCUGGCCGAUCUGAAGACCAUGGUGGAGACGAAGAAGGUCACGAGCUCCGGAGUGCUGCUGCUGGACAACUACUCUGACAGGAUACAGGUCCUCCAGAACAUGGUGCACUGUGCAGACCUCAGUAACCCCACCAAACCGCUGCAGCUGUACCGACAGUGGACGGACCGCAUCAUGGAGGAGUUCUUCAGCCAGGGCGACCGCGAGAGGGAGCGGGGGAUGGAGAUCAGCCCCAUGUGUGACAAGCACAACGCCUCCGUGGAGAAAAGCCAGACGAAGCGUUCUGAGCCCUGUCCACGCUUCCAUCCUGUCAUUGCUCUGACCUGGGCCUAG